CGUUUCAAAGUGAAUCUGGAGUUACUGUAUUGGAUUUUCUUUUUAUAAUUUUGUGGACAUUGGCUCUCGCGAACGUAAUAAGAGGCGAACGGAACAUAAAAAAUAAAAAUAGAAACUAUGAGGAGUUUUUAGCAGCCUAUUCAACAUGAAUACGUGCAGCCGUCUCCCAAUACUCUUUGUUUUAUUACUGGCUUUUCAUGGUGCUUUGUGUAGCCGGCAUGCCAGCAAACCCGCCCCGUCGAAGCUUAUGUUUCCCGAAGAGAUGUCAAAUGGCGAUGUCUUCAAAUCGUUUUGGCGAAACUCAAAACGGCGAAGAAGUGUGAAGUCAAGGGAGACUAGACAACUUAAGGCUUCAGAAGAGAUGCGAACAAAUAAACCACAAUAUGAAUGCGGGGACCGAGUUUUAACAGUUGUUCUAAAGCAUGGCGAUGGCGCUUAUAUACGAGUUAAUGGACCACAUGGAAACAAACUUUCCUUGGACCGUUUGGCAGCAUUUUGUGGUGUUUCCAUCAAGACCACAAACACUGAUGUUCGCCUGUUGUUCAACUAUGACUCCUGUUAUGUGAAACAAGAGUCAUCCAAACAUGUACUGUCUCUGGACUGGCAUGGGACAGAUGUUGACCUGUCCUGUCCUGUAAGUUUGACCCCUCCCUCCAUGAUCUGUAAGAACCAAGCGAUGGAAUUGACUGUUGUUGAUGGGACAGCAGAUGAACUGUUAGUUGCAUUAAAUGGAGAAUGGGCACCUCUGCUUUAUGUGGCGACUCAAUGCUGGCAACGAGAGCUGUCUAAACAAGGAGUUCUUACGUUCUCCGUUCCAUACACAAGCUGUGGACUCACUAUAGGGGAAGGUCGUUAUGAUCUGGAUUUGAGAUUAAAACAAAAGAUGAUCAAGUUGUCCUGUCCGUAUGAGCAAAUACCAUCGUUUCCAGUCAAGGACUCUGGGCCUUCUGUGUCAAACCAACCACUGCCACAAAGGGAACCCAACACGUACCACAAGCCACAAAAUGGAUUUCCAACAAAAGCAGUAUCCAGUCAAGUUGGGAAAAAGGAGCAAGCAUUUCCUGUUGAGCAACCAGAAAGAAAUGCAGCCAAAUCACCCCCUCUAAAUCGAAGAAAUCCUUCGCUGCCUAAACUACCAUCUUUGCCUGGCUCCUUUAAUCUAGCUGUAAACUUCCCAUUUUCACUUCCUAUGCCCACAAGGAAUGCUCCCAGAGACUAUCUGGCAAGUAAACCUGUGGCUCUGAGUCCUGAACCAACUUCUGCUCUGACUCCUAAUCCUACUGACUCGAGCUCUGAGUUUAGCUCCAGUGUUCAAAAUCAACAGCCUCCUGUCUCUUAUGAGAAGCAAGAGGAAAUUGCUGCUCAAGUCACUAAGGCCCCUAAACCUGAAUAUCUGUACCGGCGGUACCAUAGUAAGUUUGAAAAACCUGCUCCAACUUCCCCUCAAACAAAACCAGCUGCUGCUCCAGAAUAUCCUCUUUCAAGAGGGCUUUUCUCUAGUUCAGCAUUAUAUCAGACUGAUUGGUCAGCUCAGAACUUUCCUAAACCCGAUCCACUUCAAGAAGAUCCUGUUUUAGCAAACUUGGCACAGUAUAUUCCACCCGGUUAUUUCCUGUGCUCCUAUAACAACCAACAACCUCCGAUCGACCCACAUAGGUUUCGGCUUCCUGAUCCAAAUCAACAAUUAGAAUAUCAAAAACCUAGUUAUCAGAAGCCUGACACUUCUCCGCUUGCACCUGUUAAUCCUCCUGUGCCUCCCAUGAAAGGUUACUUGCAGCAACAACUAUUAGCUGGUGCUGUAGCUUCUAGCCCUUAUGAUUCUGGUUCCCCACUUUUUCAGCCAACUCCAUAUUUCCAGACUUCUCCGUACCAGCAGCAGCUUUACGCAAGUGGUUAUGGCAGUCAAGGUAAGCCCAUAAAUCUGCAACCUCAAACCAGGCCAUAUCCUACUUUUCAAGAUUCAAGACCCCUUCAGCCACAAUAUUAUCAAAAGCCUGGUCAAUCUCUCGGGUCAGUCCAACAACCUUGGUCAAACAGUCCCUUUUUUGAUAAAGAGUUGACAGAACAGUCGAGACCUUUUAUGUCUGCUUCAGACCAGACACCGGAGUAUCUCCAGUAUCAAACCAGUAGAGACCAGUCUAUAGAUCCAUAUCGGAGGUCUGUUUUCAGUGCCUCUGUCACAGACGUCUCAAGUCCUCCACAAUACAUGCCCAGUCAGCUUUCCACAUUUCCAUAUUCAAUGAGACCAGAGAAACCUUCAGCUGAUGUUUUUGCAGAAAAUACAAGAUCUAGUCCCAAAGAAUAUUUCCAGCCACGGGCCAGAUCUUCAGUGCUUUUUCCACGGGCCCCAAAAACAGGUAAUCGUCCUAUAAUAUCCUUGCCACCUGUGCACCUUCCUUCACAGUAUAAAAGUGAGGCACAGGUUGCACAACUUCCUCAGAGUCAGGGUCCUUCGCUUGGUUAAAUGCAGAAUCCACAUGUCCAUCCUGAAAGUACAAGUGAACCAGGAAAUCAAGCCUCAGCAUGACCUUUGCACACUGUACCAAUUCUUCAGACAGGCAAGCCUACUAAAGGAGGUUUGUGCCCCCCACACUUCAGGUCUGCUUCACAGGAAUAAGGGCAAUCUAUAAAGAAAGCAUCACACACUGUACUAUUUUUACAGGCCUCCAGCUGCUGAAGCUCACAAUUAAAAUGUGGUUGGGUUGGUGUACUAUAUACAGGAAAAGAUGGUCUAAUAGUCUAUUGGGAAGUGUUAAGUUCUUGAUGCAUUGAUAUGGUGUGAAAGUGGCUUGAUUUAAACCAUGUGUUCCACUGUUAAUGCAAUAAAAUAAAAACUGAAUUUUGUGCUUGCUGACUGUUGGUGCGCUAAACUUACAAUACAUGCUUCCAAAGAGUAAAAAAAAAAAACAUUUUAAGUCUUAUACUUGCUGUAUGCUGAUACUCACGGUGAUUUAAAUGAACAAAUGUGCAAUUAUUUUUGUAAUUUGUUAAACAAUAAAAAUACCAUUUGUGCUGGUAAAAUGA